GCUUUGACAAACUCUAGAUUGGGCUGUCGGGCCUUCUUCAAAAGGCUAUCCCGAAAAGGUCACUGGGAUGUAUCUCGAUCGCGAUGGGUUCACUACUCUAACGACAGAGACAAAUGGCUGUACCACGAUUCUACCUUCCUACAUAAAUCGUACUCGUUUGUCACGUACAACCAAAAGCAGACGACGAUCACACUUGUCACAGCGGGAAGACUAUCACCGCAUCGCUCUACCCGCAAGAGUCCCGCCCUCCCCCUCAUCUCCGCUCUUGCAUUCGAUUGAUCAAUCCAAACAACUGGUCGAAAUCCGUCUCGUAGGAUCGUACACAUAUCAGCCGUCGAUCUUAGCCGAAAUGCUCAUUCCAUCCACAACACACACUCGGGCAUAUCCGCAAAAAUUCCACAACAACCUGUAG